GAGGCAUACGUCAUACGUGAAGAAAUGUUUCCCCCAGAUGGAGAACACCGCUGCCAGACACGCCACUCGGCAAUCAAUGUGCCGUCGUCCCCGUUUGCCGUCGCCGCGCGGUCGGCCGGGCCGCGCGCCCCCGCCAAGGAUCGUAUCGAUUCGGGGCAUCCGAUGGCCCCACAAGGCUCGAAGAACACCGGCACGCGGCUUCCGGCGCCAAGCGGAGACUCACGGAAAAACCAACCCCCCCCCCCCCCCUGGGCCAUCCGGAUUCCGCCGUCCCCAUCCGUGCUAUCGCUCUGUGCAAAAACCAAAAGUCCGCAGAGUGAAGGUGUGCGAUGAGAGAUGCGGAGUAGUCUACGCGCGACUCGACUCGCGAGUCCUCCCGAUGCCAAGACAGAGGGAGCAUUGCCAGUUCCAAGAGUCCCGUCACGCAAGACAAGACUUGGACAAGACCUGGAGCACACAUCCACUUCAGCGCUCCACAACGCCGCCGCACACAGUCCACACCCAAUCCUCCUGUUCCCCUCCCCUCCCCCCUCCUGGCGUCUUGGCGAGUUCAUAGCGGCGAGUAGAUGAAUGAGCUUGAAUUGUGCCAAGUGAAAACAAAAACCGUUGAACAUGGGGCCACGACCAGGGGGGAGCCAAUCAGACAAUUGCUUUGUCAACCUCGUUCCCCCUCAUCGCAAUUGGACAUGGGGGGGAGGCUCUCGACUUAUCAUCUCCCUCUCUUUUACCGCCUCUUCCAAUUGGAUACUUUAACGGCCUGUCUGGGGUUUACACUACGCCGCCGCAAUGCGGAGAAUUGGAGGGGAUGGUGAGGACUGGACGGGGUCCCAUGAGCGUGACAUCGCUCCGGUCAACAUCCGGUGUGCUUUUUCCCCUUCUUGUUCGGGCUGUGUUCUGCAGGCAAAGCCGCCGUCCGCUUCUUGAUCGGCGAAAAAGAAAUAAUGAAUCGCGGGCUGAAGGCCGUCGUUGUCUGACGGAGAAGCGGGCGGACAAAGCAAUAGCCGGGACCCCCUUUCCCCCCCUCCCCCCUGGUUCUCCG